CUCGGGAUUUGCGAUCCGGGAGACUCCAGGCUCAGGGGCUCGGGGCUCCGGAGGCAACUGAUCGGGUCUGUUCAAGGCCCUGGAGCAGCCCGAGGAUCUGACACCUUUCCAACCUGCUGCGCCUCCCGAAGCGGCUCCUGGUGUUCCCGCGUCCCAGCCCCGGUCUGGGCGCUGAUGGAACCGCGGCGAUGUUCACUCUGGCCAGGCUGCUGGAUUUCCAGAAAACCAAAUAUGCAAGGUUUAUGAAUGACCGAGUCCCGGCGCACAAGAGGUACCAGCCCACUGAGUAUGAACACGCAGCAAACUGUGCCACCCAUGCUUUCUGGAUCAUUCCCAGCAUCCUUGGCAGCUCCAACCUCUACUUCCUGUCCGAUGACGACUGGGAGACCAUAUCUGCUUGGAUCUACGGCCUUGGCCUCUGUGGCCUCUUUGUGGUAUCCACCAUUUUCCACACAGUCUCAUGGAAAAAGAGCCACCUCAGGAUGGUAGAGCACUGCCUGCACAUGAUUGACAGGAUGGUGAUCUACUUCUUCAUUGCCGCCUCCUAUGCUCCUUGGCUGAACCUUCGGGAGCUGGGCCCCUGGGCCUCCCACAUGCGCUGGCUGGUGUGGAUCAUGGCCUCCAUUGGUACCGUCUAUGUCUUUUUCUUCCAUGAACGGUACAAGCUUGUGGAACUGCUUUGCUAUGUGGUGAUGGGUUUCUUCCCUGCCCUGGUCAUCCUCUCCAUGCCCAACACUGACGGCAUCUGGGAGCUGAUGACAGGAGGGGCUUUCUACUGCCUGGGCAUGGUGUUCUUUAAGAGUGAUGGGAGAAUUCCCUUCGCCCAUGCCAUCUGGCACCUCUUUGUGGCAUUUGGUGCUGGUACCCACUACUAUGCCAUCUGGAGGUACCUCUACCUGCCCAGCACACUGCAAACCAAGGUGUCCAAAUGAGUGGCCCAGACUCCAUGGGUCAUUUGGACUUUGGGAUCAAAGCAACAUUGGAAGUGAACUGUGCCAAGAUUUGCCUGUCUUUUCCUGGAUGGAAUUCUUCACGGGUCUAAGGACCCCUUCAGUGACAACAAGACCACCUUUUGAAUCCCCAACAAGGAAGAAAACAUUUAGCCCUUUCUAUGGAGGAGAAAUUAAUUCAGUACUGUGUUUCUACUUUAGACAGUUUUUUUUUGUUUUUGUUUUGGUUUUUUUUUUGUUUUGUUUUGUUUUUUUUUUUACUGUAACCAAUAUUAACAUCUUCAGAAAAGGGCCAAACAGGGAAUGAUCAUCCAGAAGGUAGUUUUUAAAGUUCUGAGGGCCUCCCUUUCUGCUUCAGGAGAAAGUGACUUAGCAUUAUAGAUGAUUGAUGGGGAAUAUCCCUGACCAUGGUAGGCAUCACCAAUCAAUUGCAGCCUGCAUGUAGCAGUAGAAUUCAACAUAGUGUCCCAUGCAGACAUUACUAAUUGAUUCUGUGCUCAUGAUGGAAUCUUUUGGCUGGCCUGGUGUGUUAGGAGACAGGAUCACAGAAUAACUAUUAGAAGUCACUGUAUGGAGGAGCAUGCUUAUCUCUGGACACCAUUACCUUCUACUCCCUUCUGUCCAUAUUUGAGGAAGUUCUUUAAGUGAGCUGUUUGGAGGCAGUGCAGGGAGACCAAGGCAUACAUUCCAAACAGCUCCUGACACUCUGUUCCGCCAUGGUUGGCUCUUGGUUCUAGAGGAGCUGAGAUCUGGGAUAAAGAUGCUGCUACCUGGCCUUUUUUUCUCAUCUCAAAGAAUCUGGAGCAAUGAUGCUGUGUUCACCAGAGGGGCUUUUUCUCGGUGUCAGGAAAUGGUUCUCAGAGGCCCCUCUGAUGGCCCUAGGAGCAGGGUCUUCCUCUAUCAGAAUGGGUGGAAUGUCUUCAUCCCUCAACCUCUGAAGUGACCUGUCAGCUAAGAGCAUGGCUCCCAGGGGCCUGUCCUCAGCCACCUCUAUUCCUGGGCUAGCCUCAUCCUAAGAUGCCACCUGGACACUGGCUGAGUAUUGAGCAGCUGGCCUGGCUCCUGACCUGAACUGACAUCUCAGACUCUCUGCAAGAGUCUGCUGGAAAUCCAAGGUCUUAUUCAACAACUGCCAGUCAGAUGGGGGUGGGCAAGGGUGGGUCAAGACAGGGUGCCUUAUACUUUGUUCUAGCGCAUUCUAAGGUGUUCCAGGGCUUCAGCACCUGGAAUCCCAUAUGUCAAAGCCAGUAUUAAAUCAAGUUUAUGCGUUCCUCAGAAAGAUGGAGCCAGUGAGCUUUAA